UAUUGAUUUGUUUAGGGUAUACUCUCUUUUCCACCGCCACAACCCAAGGUGAGAGCAAACGUGGAGUUCAUCCCCAAAGCCGUCCGGUUUCAAGACUCAAGCUACUGCAAUCGGGAAACCCCCAAAUCUCUUCCUUCUCUGUCUCGAUUUCAAUGUAGAGUUCACGCCACAGUGUCAAAAACCCAAGUUGGUUCCGGGUAGUGAAUAAUGUGAUUGUCUUCAGAAGAAAGAUUUACACUAACAAUCUCUUUCUACAAAAAGGCGUAGUCUGCAAGUGUAAGAGAAAUGUAGGUGUGCAUUCAGAAUUUACUCAAUUUGAUAAGCUUAUAUUUUCAUAUGGUCAUAUAAUCUUAACUAGAGAAAAGUUUUAAGUGUGAUUAUAGUACUUAUGGUCCAUAUUGCUGAUAUUAAUAUGUUAAUGUUAUCUGAGAUGUGUGCUAAAUAAUUGCAGAUAUGUCCAAUUACGACGUGGAUUUCCAGUUGGAUGAUGAUGCCCUACCAUCGAUGCAUGACAGCGUCCAAUUUGAUGACAGUGAAACCCAAGAUGUUGGCCGUCUGUUUGUGCAUGAGCCAACAGUUCAUAUUGAAAACAGAAAUAAUGCAGCCAAUGAGGGUAACAAAAAAAAAGGGAGAGGGAAAACUGUAAUUAAAUGGGGUCAGCGUGGAGUGCGAGAAAGAGUUAAGUGGGGAAAACAAGGAGUACCGGUGUCUCCAAGGGAAAAAUGUGCAUAUUUUUCCCUUUUCAUUGGUAGUCUAGCGGCUGACCCUGGAUUGUAUCCUAUUGAUGUCAAGGAUUGGCGGCAUUUUGACAAGGACGACAACCAUCAAAGGGCAUGGACACGUAUUGAGGGGACAAUUGAUUGGUCGGAUGAAGCAGCCACCGCUAAAAAAUCUGAAAUCAAGAAGUAUGCCUUCGAAAAACUUGCAGAUCGCUGGAAGCAUCACAAGUCAGAGUUGAAGAAAUUGUAUUGGUUGCCCAAUCAAGGGACUGAAGAACGUUUUUGCAGCCCUGAUAAUGCCAUUGACAGAGAUCAAUGGAAAAGAUUUGUUACUCAUUUAGAUGAUGAGGAUACUAAGACCAAGGCUGCCAUAAAUGUAAGUAAUCGAUCGCAGCGGGUAAUGCAUCACAGUAUAGGCACAAGGACUUUUCCAGCGGUUGUUUAUGAAUGGCAAGUUGAGAAUGGGGUUGAGGAAGAACUUGAUAGGUUGGAAAUCUUCAAGUUGACACACCGUAAGAAAGGAAAACAAAAUGAGUAUGUUGAUGCUGCAUCUACCAAAGCAGUGCAAGAUUUGGAGAAGGUUGAGGAGGAGAGAAAGAAGUUAAAUGUUGAUAUUACUCCACAAGUUAGAGAAGACAUCUAUGCACAGGUUCUUAGGCCAGAGAAGCGUAACCGAGUGAGAGGACUUGGAGCGGGAGUACGCUGGCGUGAUGUUCCGUACAUUCAUACCGAAAAAAGAAGUAUUUCAGCCACUAUGGAAGCAAUGAAAGCAACAAUUGAGGAACAACGCUUGGAGACUGCAAGAUUGAGGAGUGAGGCUGAAAAAGAAAGACAAGAAGCUGCCCAAAGGGAGGCAAGGAAUAGGAUUCAAUCAGUUGAGAUGAACAAACGUUUCGCCGCACAAAUGGAGGAGUUUAAGAAGCAGCAAGAGGCAGCUAUGGAAGAGAAUGCAAGGAAGGUGAAUGAACUCGCAAGACUUCAAAUUGGUAGAUGGAUGAAAGAAGCUGGUUUUUCAGGGAUUGAAACGACACCACAAUUAGAUAGCGACCCAAUGACACAGCUUGCAGCAGUCCAACCACAAUGCAAUAGACCUGCGAUUCCAACCCCACCUAUUGAGGAUGUGUAUAGACCCGAAAUGCCUCAAACUGUGCAAGAAUCGCAGCUGAACUGAAAGGGUUAGUUUCACCAAUCAUUAUCUAGUUUGAUGGUUAUGUUUUUGCCUACUUUGAGUUAGUUCUCAAAGUAUUUUGAUGAAAAUUAUUCUUGGACAAGGAUUAUGUUGUUAAAGGGGGAAAAUCUUAGUGAUAUUCCACCUUAAACAACAAUGUAUUCUAGAAAACUCCCUUGUUUUUGUAAUCCAAGAAUUUACCUUCAUAUGAAAUGUAUUUUGCUAGAAAUGUAAAGAACAUCUUCCUAUGAAUGUAAAGUUUUAAUAUUUUUGAUU